AUGGAAGAUCUGAAUGUUUGCUCUCCAAUCGUUCCAGCUGGAUCUUCUAUUGGGAGCAGUAGAGAGGUUGAUGAGAGCCCUCCAGAUGCUUCCCUGCAGGAGGACCAGUACGGCCAUGUACACGGGGGCGCAUCAGAAUUUGCGUUCCUGCAGUUUGCCAAACAGAAAUUGGCAAGUGUGCCAUCCAUGUCCAUUGACUUCUGCGAUUACCCCCUCACCGCGCCUGCUGGACCCAGUGUCAUGCCUCCAAAGCAAAUAGGGGACUUGCUGCUUCAGACUUUUUUCAAUUUUGGUCUUUCUACAUCGCGCUUCAUCCAUCAGCCUAGUCUGACAGAAGACUAUGAGAAAUUAUAUGAUCCGGUAAGCAUCGCCGAACUUGGGACAGACAAGCUGGCACUUAUCUAUAUGGUCAUGGCCUUGGGUUCCCACUACUCGACUCUGCAAAAUAUGUGGUGUGGCUAUUCUGCCAGGUAUGCAAACCCUCGAACUGGAAAAGUUAGACAGUAAAGGGAAUGCUUGAUAUUAAUAUUCAUCAGCGUCCAGUUCUACCACAUGGCUGACCAGCAACUUCAGAAGAGAACUAGUCGGAUUUCAAUAUCCUCACUUCAAUCUCGGCUAUUGGUCACACAUUAUCUACUCAAUCAUUCCCGUAUGCACGAGGCGUGGUCUCUGUUUGGUGUCGUUGUUCGCCACGCUCAAGCACUGGGCCUUCACAGGAGAUCAGCAAGGGCGCCAGCAAAUUUGAUCGUACUGGAAACUCGAAAGAGGCUGUUCUGGGCCAUUUAUAUUCAUGACCGUAUUCUUAGCAGCAUAUUCGGCCGACCAUGCGCAUUGCAUGAUGGUGAUAUUGACCAGGAGGAAGUUACCCUGGCCAACGACGCCGAUAUCACCCCUACGGCCUGUCGAUCUUCCCCCAGGGACACAUUUUGUUCUACAGCGGCUCUCUUUCACUAUUCAAGGCUUGCUCGUAUUCUUGGAAUGAUUCUACGGCAGCUGUAUGGCCCAGAGUCUCGGAGCCACAGCAUUCAAGAGCUGCACAAGGUGGCGCUUACUUUUGAAUCAAAACUUGCCGCUUGGAAAAACGAUCUUCCAACCUAUCUCGACUACACAAAACUCCCCGCAUCAACAAUGUCAACUAUGACACAGCGCCAGACGUGCACUUUGAAAUUAACCUUCUCUCACGCAAGUCUAUUACUAUAUCGGCCGUUCAUCUUGUAUUCCCUUGAGGCAUCGGUGGAAAAGGCACCUAGCCUCCAAGGCUGGAUAAAGCGGUGUCACGACAGAUCCAUCGAUGCUGCGAACACAAUUGUUGCUGAGUGCAAAUACCUAGCGCAAAGGGGGCUCUUCUCUCGGGUCUUCUACUUGGUUACAUAUCUGCAAUUUGCGGCCAUCGGCACACUCUUCAUGUAUUGCCAUCUAUGGCCAAAUGCAUCCGAGGCGCGCGAGACGGCCGAAGAGGCAAGGAUGGCAUUCCCUUCUGGUGUGGAAGGUGACCUUGUUGGGCAACGGUACGUCGAGGUCUUGAACGAAUUGAGCAAGCUUACGUCUGUCUCGAGCAUGGACCAGGCUAGUGGCGACUUUGAAGGGGUCCAGUUGA